AUUUGUCUGGUGACGCAGUUCAAUACUUUCUAAAGUUAAUUUCUUGCCACGUAUCUGCGACUUUUUGGUUUAAUUUUGGUGUUCAUGUUCAUAUGCUUUAGUAGCUUUAAAAAGACGUUAUAAUCUUUGGGUAUAUUUAGCUUCUCUUUGAGCGUAACUCUUUUAGUGAUGGAAGCAAUAAUAAAAUCAGCUUUGAGCAUAGUUGUGGAUGUCGGGGAAGGCCGAAAUGGAAUGCAUUUUUUGGAUGCAUUUAUCGAUAAAUUAAAGGAAACAUACGAUAAAUUAAAGGAAACAUACGAUAAAUUAAAGGAAACAUACGAUAAACCGGAAAAUGAUCUUCGUCAGAGUUUCAUUCACUUUCAGAUAGGAGUUGAAGAGCUGAAACGCAUUCAAGAGUCGACUGCAAAUGAAACAUCGUCAUCGACACAGGUAACAACAAUAAAAUUAUCUCAACAAUGUCAAAUGCGUUUCAAAUUAGCUGGAGAGAAAGCGAAAAAGACGUUUGAAAAUGAUUCGUCGAGCACUGAAGAGAAAAUAAAAGCAAGCAAGAUACGUAUUGCAAGCGCUAUUCUUGAACAUUCAGAUAACUGCGGGUUAGCAACAAGGGAUUUCAUGUUAUGUCUGAAAGAUUUAAACUCCUCGAUUUUUGCGGGAAUAAAAGCCAAAACACACAACUAUAUAGUGACUGAAGUCCUUGACAUAGUAAUAGAUAUCAACUUGGCGUUGGCUAAUUUCAUCUUUAAGCACACAAACAAAAGGAUGUCUGUUUUAAAAUGGCCCCAGAUUCAAUAUAAUGGGCAGCUGGUUCAUCCUUUUUAUUUCAAGAAGGUUGAACAAAACACGACUACCUCAUUACCUUGGUACUCAGCUCACUUUACUAAGAAUACUGACCUCUUUAAUGAGGAAAUGGUCGUAAACAAAGAAGGAGAAUUACUAAUUUUUGAUGGAAAUGAACUCCAAAAAUUUAACAGCAAAACCGAAGUGUUUGAAACCUGGUGUACGUUUCAAAGGUCAGAUGUUCAAAAUAGGCAAGUAAGAUGCAUGAACGUUGAUGAAAAUGGCGUAGUAUAUGUACUUUUGGGUUGCAAAGACAAAUCGAAUAGCGAUUAUACAUUGUUGCUUUGUUUGGAAGACAAAAUUGUUCAAAAAUGUUCCUUGUCCUUUCCUGAAGUAAUACAAGUUAGUAAGAUUUUUCUUGCUGUAGCACCAAAUAGCAAUAUUAUCAUUGCUGUUGCUACAGUCAAGAAGGAUCAAAACUACAUCAUGAUGCAUGUGUGUGACAGUAAAGGCAACCUUAAUAAGCCAUUUGUAGCAAAGGGUAAACGUAAACCAAUUGAUGAUGAAAUGAAAUAUUUGUCCAUUUCCUCCGACGACAACAUAGUCAUUUUGACUUAUAAAUCACCCAAAACUUACCGAAUUAUCAUUAGUACGAUGGACGGAAAAUUUGUUAAAAAAAAAAAAUUUCAACCACACAAAGACGAAAUUAAUUCAUACAAGGAAGUCAUUUAUACUCCCGUCUCCAACAGUGUCACAGGUUUUUUCUUUGACAAAUCAAAGCUGGUGAUUGAGACUUAUUCUGUUGAAACCGAAAAAUUUAACUUGCCUAUAAUCCUGAUAAACACUGGAUAUGACUCGGAAAUUUUUGACGCUUCAUUACGCAUCGUUCAUCAUGCUGGCGAAAACGUGGCAUUAGUGUGUAGAAAAAAAAGUGUAGUUCGUUUUAUUAUUGGAAACCGUAGUUGCGGAGACGUGGACUCGACGUUGAAGUGGAUGAACAUGGAAGUGAAGACAGAUUUAGACUCAGUUCCAGGUGUUAAGAAAGAAAACUCAUCUUCAAAGGCUAACACAUCGUCCACUGCUUUUAUCAAUUCAGAGCCAUCUGAACACAGCGAUGCUGCAGAAGAGAAUAAUUGCCAUCAAGAUGAUAGAAAACAAGAAACCUCGUCUUCGAAUACCAGCACAUCGGCAACUACUUUAAUCAAUUCGGAGCGAUCCGAUACAGAGUCUGCCGUUGGUCUUACAAACAAGUUAUCAACUGUGUGUAAUCUAGAAACAACCUACUCUGAAAUACCAAAUCAUGUUCAAAGAAAGUUAGAAGAACGUUUAAAUAAAGGAGAUGAGCUAUUAGAGAAUGACUGGAAAAGCCUUUACAAAGUACUGAAGUUUCCAGAAAGUAAAGAAGUCAUGAUUGCUGAAAAAUUCUCUGACAAUCCCACACGAUAUAUGUUGAAGACUUGGUUUAAAAGAGAUGGACAACAUGCCAAUGUAAAAGCACUGCUCCUAGCAUUGAAAGAGUGUAAUCAAGGAGGCUUAGCUUAUGAAAUAGAAAGGGAUUUGGAUGUUAAGCUACCUCAUAAAGUUCAACAAAACACCGUACCCCUGAUGGUUCAGCAAAACACCGUAAAUGAUCGUGACGUUAGCUUGAGCCAAAACAACAAAGAAAACUCGUCUUCAAAGGCUAACACAUCGUCCACUGCUUUUAUCAAUUCAGAGCCAUCUGUCACUACAGAACACAGCGAUGCUGCAGAAGAGAAUAAUUGCCAUCAAGAUGAUAGAAAACAAGAAACCUCGUCUUCGAAUACCAGCACAUCGGCAACUACUUUAAUCAAUUCGGAGCGAUCCGAUACAGUGUCUGCGUUUGGUUUGACAAACCAGUCAUCAACUGUGUGUAAUCUAGAAACAACCUACUCUGAAAUACCAAAUCAUGUUCAAAGAAAGUUAGAAGAACGUUUAAAUAAAGGAAAAGAGCUAUUAGAGAAUGAUUGGAAAAGCCUUUACAAAGUACUGAAGUUGCCAGAAGGUAAGGAAGACAUGAUUCCUGAAAAAUUCUCUGACAACCCCACACGAUAUGUGUUGAAGACUUGGUUUGAUAGAGAUGGACAACAUGCCAAUGUAAAAGCACUGCUCCUAGCAUUGAAAGAGUGUAAGCAGGGAGGCUUAGCUCUUGAAAUAGAAAGGGAUUUGGAUGUUAAGCUACCUGAUAAGGCUGAACAAAACCCCGUACCAGUGGAGGUUCAGCAAAACACCGUAAAUGAUCGUGACGUUAGCUUGGGCCAAAACAACAAAGAAAAGGAAGGCCAGAAUCCGGUCAGCCAGAGAAAAACAAAAGUUCCAUUUGGCUUACGUGAAUUGCCCUGUGAUAUGGUUGAGCGACCAUUACUUGUGAAGGACAUUAUAAAGAAAUUGAAGUCGAAAAGUAAUAAGGUGGGACUUGUAGGCGUUCGUAGAAGAGACGUACUGAGUAUUCGCGGUAUGGGAGGACUUGGAAAAACUGUAUUAGCUCAGGCUGUGGCUUGGGUUCAAGCAGAACAACGUCACGUAAUUUGGCUUGAUAUUGGACAAAAUCCAGACUGCUUAACUCUUCUAAAUAUACUUAUCCAAGAACUGGGUGGAACAGUAACUUAUAGUAACGAAAGCGACGCGCAAUCUUGGUUGAGAGAAAAUACGAUUGACAAAGAUUGCUUGCUUGUUCUUGAUGACGUAUGGAAUAUAAAACACGCUAGUUGGUUUGAUUGCUUGUCUGGUAAAUGUCAGCUGCUGAUUACGACACGAGACGCGGACGUUGUUUGUGGCUUAAAAGGCAUUGAAAUCUACGAACUGCAAAUAAUGCCGAAAGAUCAAUCGCGCCAGCUUUUGUACAAUUGUGCGCAGGUUUCUACUGAUGAACAAUCGACGCUUUCUGUCGAAUUACAAAGAAUAGUAGAAGAAUUGUUAGAGCAAUGCCGUGGACUCCCACUUGCCUUGUCGAUCAUUGGUGCUACUUUAAUAGGUGCUCACGCUGAGCAGGAUUGGCAAGACACUUUAGAUGAACUUAAAAGUGCAAACUUACAACUAAGUAUUAGGUCUAAAGAGGAUCUUUUACCUGGUGAAUAUCAAUAUACAAAUGUGUCGGCUGCUAUUGAUGUCAGUUUAAAACGACUCAGCCAAACGAAUCGAGAAUAUGAAGAAAAGUUUUUCGACCUCGCCAUUUUUCCAGAGGAUACCGACAUCCCAUCAGACAUUCUUGAACUCUUUUGGUCAUCUGAGAACAUUUCAGGGCGAAAUUCAUGCAGUGGCAAAGAAACAAGACACAUAUUGCGUUUGCUUGAAAAAAAAUCACUCUUACAAAAAGGACCUGUAAUGGAAAUGAAAAAUAGCUAUCGUGUCCAUGAUCUAGUGCUGGAUUAUGCUCGCGAAAAACUACGAAACGAAGAUCCUUCCAAGCAAAGAUCGGUGGAGGAUGUUCAAUGUCAGUUCCUUGACGCCCUACGUGAACAAUGCACAGACCGCGAAUGGCCGCGCUUCAAUGGUAAAAGAAACUAUUUUUUCAGAUAUUUACCUUACCAUCUUCAUUCUGCAAAGCAGUAUGAAGAGCUCCAACAGCUAUUCUUCAACUUCCAUUGGCUACAAGAAAAAGCAAAAGAAACUAAUCUGCCAUCUUUGAUAUCUGAUUUUCGAUUUCUUGAACACCCCUCAGACGAAAUCAAACUGCUUAAAUCGUCGUUAAUGUUGUCCGCUGAUGUGAUCGAAAGCACUCCAAAUUCAAUUGGUACUCAAUUGCUUGGAAGGCUCCUUUCUCAUGUGGAGCAGUUUCCAGGAGUAAAAAAACUUUUAGGUAAAGCCAAGGAAAUUUCCUCCACCACUUGCCAUCUCGUUCCGUUGUUUUCAUGUUUAUCGGACCCCACAGGUCCGUUAAUAAAGAUAUUUAGGAAACACUGUGACAAAGUUUUAGCGUUGGUUACCACCGUGGGUCCUUCUGGAUUAAUUGUGAUCUCAGCAUCUAAAGACUGCCUGAUCAAAGUGCAUGAACUGGAGACUGGUAUGGAGUUAGAAGUGCUCCGAGGUCAUACAAUGGCAGUUUACUGCCUCGCGUUGUCGCACUGUGGAACAAAGCUUGCGUCGGGUUCUUAUGAUUCUACGACCAGACUUUGGAACUUAGACACUUAUAAAUUGCUAUUUACCAUGGAAGCUGAAGGAGGAUUUGUCAAUGCACUGGAUUUUAGCAUUGAUGACAAAUGUCUUUUUUCUGGUUCAAACGAUGGGAAUUUGCGAAUAUGGGAUGUAGCUAAUGGGAAACUAUUAGCUAAGACACAAGCACAUGAAACGAAUAUGCAUAUUCGAGGCUUAUGUACCACCAGAGAUGGCCGUAUGAUAGCGACCGGAUCACUUGAUUAUAACGUCAAAUUAUGGGAUGCUUCUAAAUUAAGUCACCUAGCGACAUUAAAGGGACAUACAGACACCGUUUAUGCCGUAGCAGCUACUUACGAUAGUAAAAUGAUUGUUUCUGCCUCUGGUGAUAAAACUUUAAAGAUCUGGAAUUUGCAGUCAUUUGGCGAGUUGCGAACAUUAAAGGGACAUCAAGGAGAAAUAUAUAGUGUCGCUGUAAGCAGUGACUCGAAACAUAUAGUUUCUGGAGGACAGGAUAUGGACGUAAGGUUAUGGUGCUUUCGUACUGGAAAAUCUCUUUUUUGUUUUAAAGGACACAGCCAAUCUAUUAGAUCUGUUAUUAUAAUUUCGAAUGGUAGAAAGGCGCUAACUGGCAGUCAGGAUAAGACUUUUUGCCUGUGGGACCUGGAUAUCAAAAAAGAUAAAAACGACAAUUCGUUUCGUGGUCAUUGUGAAGAUGUAAUGGAUAUUGCAGUCACACAAGACGGUUUGAACUGUGUUUCGUCAUCUAUGGAUGGAACAAUAAAAAUCUGGAAAUGUAUCAAAGCUGAGGAGCGUUUUACUUUGAGAGGCCAUACCAAAAAAGUAAUAAAUGUUUCAAUCUCAAAUAAUGGCGAUUAUGUUGUUUCGCUUGGAAAAGACUCUUUGAUCAAGGUUUGGAGUUUGAUUGACGGCAAAGAAAUUCGCGGAAUCAGUGGCGAUAAGCAAUCACGUUUAGUGCGUUUUGAUCUCGAUAACAAGCUUGUUCUUAUUGGCUGCAAAGAUAACCAAAUAUUUCUUUGGGACUGGAAAAAUGAUGAUAAGGCUAAACGCCUUACGCUGCCAUCAUACACGACCAUGGAGAUUGCAUUUCAGGAAAACAUGGCUUAUACCUGUAGCAGAAACAACGAAGUUUGCAAAAUCGAUCUUAACUCACUUAAAGUAACUUUUGUCAGUCAAGGUCCUAACCCAAGUUGUAUGAAAAUGGUCGUUUUACCCAAAGGUGACGCCAUUCUUGCUGGCAUUGUGACAGACAAUGUGUUCAUAUACUGGGAGUUAUCGUCUUGGCGUGAAAUCCGAUACAAAGCUGACCAUCCUCAAGAUUCCGUCAUCACAGCAAUUGAUAUUACCAAAGAUGGAAAAUUUGUUUUGACAGGAAGUAGUUUAGGUACUAUUUCACUGGUGAAUCUUGGAACCUCUAAAGUGGUACAGAAGUUUAAUAACACGGAGUCUGGUGAAGGCGUACGUUUGAUUAGCAUGUUGUCAAAUGAUCUCAGUUUUAUCAUUGUUGACGAAGCAAAUCGAGUGGAACUAAGAAAUUUCAGCAACAGCAGUGAAAAAGUACCACUAGGUCAACCUGGGGCAAAAGUUAAAUGCGUGUCACCUGUGGGCUUGCAAUACAUUCUGCUGGGUUGUGAUAACGGAAUUCUGUUGUUCUUUCAUCAUCAAAAGAACAAUCCCACUGAAUAUCUGAAAUCUGCUUUUAAAGAAUCCGUGACCCAAGUUCAAGGUCACCCAAAUACAGAAUAUCUUUAUUUUGCCGCUGGAACACAAUGUGGAUCAGUAAAACUUUGGUAUGUUGAAAAAUCCACUCCUCCAAAACUAAUUGAAAUCUGGUCACACGAUCAAGUUCACCAGUAUCCAAUAACAGCUUUGGCUUUCAUACAUGGAGCAGAAGACGUUCUAUGCGGUUCUUAUGACAACUUUGUGGUCCAUAUGAACUCCACUGGAGUCGUCCGCACGUACAGUUACAAGAGUUACGGGAUUGCAGCGCUGCGUGUCGUGGAAGAGAAUUUACUUGUGGCUGCUUACAUACGUGGAUUUAGUGUAGUAAAAUGGCGUCUUAAGGAGGGAGAAAUUCUGGAAAUGUUUGAUGGUGGAGCUGAUAGAGAGCAGGUGUCACGUGCAUAUCUUGCACUUGAAGAAACUGUUAGUCAUGAGCAACUAUCAGGUACUUGCAUUGAGCGCAUUGUUUCCAAGGGAUCGCACCACUCACUCUUGCAUUGGGAACUAAAAACUGGGGAAAUUAUUCAUCGCAUGCAUGGUCACUCUCAUAAUAUUCGUGCUUUGGCGUUCAUUCCUGGAGGGGAGUGUUUGCUGUCUGGCUCACGCGACAAAACGCUAAAAAUGUGGAAUUUGAAAAAUGGACAAUUGAUGGAGGAGUUCCAUUUUGAACAUGAUGUUCUCGCGAUUGCCUGUGCUAAAAAUGGAACUGCUUGUGUUGGAUUGCAAGGCGGGCAGGUUUGCUUCUUGCGAAUCAAAACGUUAGCAGCAAAUGCUCAAUAGAACUUAUGAUAAACUUGUCUUCAACAGCAAUAUGUCUUAUAUCAUUAUAUAAUCUUAAUACAUCAGAUUACUAUUAUAAGUGGAUCUAAAAUCAACAUGUUAGAUGCAGCCUAAAUUUUUUCUCCAGCUAUUUUUUUUUCAUUUAACACAUUUAAAGGAAGCAGUUGUAAAAUAUUGAGAUAUAGUUGUGGGAGUAAUAACUUUAGACGGUUUUCCCUCCAACUAAUGAAUUCAUGUCGAUCAUCAACAUAUCACUUAAAAGUGCGUCGAAUUUUUUUUCAUGGUGUCUUUGAUAAAGAGCUGCGAUUUUUACACGAUUUUAGCUUUAAACAUUUCUUUUCUUUUUUUUUUAUCGAUAUCAAAGACAAAUGUUGUUAUCCUUUCACUUGUAUUCAACCGUCCCCAGUCCCAUUGUACAUAUAGGUAUGGUGGUUGUAUAUGAUUAUAUCUUUUACUUUAGUCUCAUUAUUUCUUCAACUACUGCGAUCACAACAUGCUUCCAUAGCUAACAAUUCAAAAAUCGUCUCUUUUUAAAUUCGUAUAAAAUGUAUGUAUACUUAUCUCAUUUCAUUAAUGUAAAUAUAGUGUAGUUAUAAUUUAGCAACUAGCCCGUUUUAGGAGAUCUCAUUUAGAUUAAUAUCUUUAAUUAUAUUGAAUACUAAUUAAUAAACACUUAAAAAAUGUG